AGAUAGCGACUGUAAUGACCUCAGCAGCGUCUCAACAAGUAAAUGCACAGAAAGGACGACUAUGUGCGGCAAGAACCAUAGACGAAAGCGAGAAAAGGAUGUAUAUGACGGCCAUCCGAGAAACACAAACACAGAUGGAAAAUACCAUAGUAAAAAUUUCCUCGUCAUUGAGGGAGGCUCAACAAACAGCGACAAAUAGGUUAAGCAAACAACAAUUUUUUGCAGUGCUUACGGGUAUGACAGGUUUUCUUUCCGCCGAAGGUCCAUUCGACUCCAUUAAGACAGCUAUUACAAUUGCCGAGUACGAUGCAAACAAAGCUUGUCUUACAUCUCUUGAUUCCGUUAUUGGAAGUGUCAAGGAAUGGCUGACUUUUGGGAAACACGUGCCUCUGACCGAUUCCAGUGAAUUGGACUUUGACAAAGUUAAUGUUAGCUCAGUUCCUGAUAUGAUGAAGGCCAAACUAGAGAUGAAUAAAGAACAGUUUGCUGCUGACUUGGUAUGCCUGCUGGAUGAGGCUACUAAACCUCGUGACGUUGCCAGUCUUAAAGCGGAAAUUGAGUCCUUUUUCGUUUUGGGCGCAGCUCGCAUCGACAUGAUAGCAAAAAUUAUGGACCUUGACAACACUAUUGGGGGACACAAUUUUGAUAUCCCACUUCUGGAAAAGACAGAGAAAGCAAUUACUGAACUCAGCAACCCAACAGAUGCUUCUAUAACCAAUGAACUUCGGCAAACCUUCCUGGAACAUCUGCUUGGUACUUACAAAGAACUGGAACGGUCGUUUAUGGAAAAUAUCUAUGAGCUCCAGAAAGCCCUUGGUUUCCGUACCCUCUGGAACUUGGAUGAUAUCAUGAGCUCGUUCCAACGUAUCGCCUCAGAAAGUGCGCUGGGCACCGGGCAACUUAAUGGUGCAGUUGAACUCUCUCAAGUAUCUCAGAGGUUGUCCGACAUUACAUCGAAGGCCACACGCUGUUUCUCUAAGCUGCAUUACAGAACUAAAGUCCACAAAUGGAGUUUUGAUAAUGUGAAAGACAAACAGAUGUUUGAGGAAAUUAAAACGGGUUCAACAACAUUCAGUAUAGGAGAGGACCAAAUUUGUAGCACAUGUCACAAUGCUCGGCUUAUAAAAAUGUAUGUUGAGCUCUAUGGUACUGAGAAACAACCUACAAGCGUUUGGGAUGAGGUCAGACUCGAUGUCCGCCAUCUAAGCAGAGCUUAUUUCCGCGCUGGUGAUGGCCAAAUAAAACAAUACCUUACGCCAAUAACAGAUUUCAGGGACCUUACGUUUGACCGUUUUAAAAUCAGCAAUGAGGAAUGUUGCCGGGAAAGUAAAACAGACCCCACCAAAUCUGAGGAGAAUGUCUGCGUCGAAGAGGAUGAUGAACGCCUGAAAGCAAUGUGCAGCCACCCAUUAAAUGGUGGCUCGGCCAAUGGUUUGAUGAUGGGAAAGGACGAAUGUACGAGCCCGUCUGGCUUUUACGAGCUCAAAAUCCCUGUUAACAAAAAGUUGCCCUGCACGGCACCUAUAAUGCGAGACACCAAUUGCAAAGAUAUUGAUCUCGCAAAGUUUACUAACAUGAACGUUUGGGUGUAUUACAUUUACUGGUCAAAUGUUUACCCAAGGGAUCCGAAUGACCCUGUAUGCAACAUCCACAAGGAUUCAACUAAGAGUCAUUGAUUGAAAACAUCCAAAAGUUAACGCCAUGAUGUCCGAGAUGAUGAACCGAAACGUCGAUCCUCUUGGUUUGUAAUGAAACGUUUUCAAAAUUAUCUGGGAUACGAGAUUACAUGAAAAUGUAAAAGAAAUCUCACUUUUCCUCAAUGGAAUUUGUGUGGUAUUUCUUUUGUAUUUCCAUGUAACCUUGGCGAAAAUUCUACGCAUGUAACAAGGUCGUAUAAUUACCUAUCACGUGAUACAAAUAAAAAUAGCAUUGAAGCA